UAUAAGAGCGCUUGUGGCUGAGAGGAGGAUCACACACACACACACACACACACAGAGAGAGAGAGAGAGAGCGAGAGAGAGAGUUGGAGCGCACAGAAGCGGACGCGGUACUGAAGCUCGUGGCUUAACGAUGAGCUUCGGCGUGGUGGUGAUCUCGGCUGGUUUAUUGGGACUGCUCAGUUUCACUCUGCUCGCCGUGGCUGUGGGCACCGAGUACUGGUACAUAAUAGACGUGGACCAAGUGAUCAACUCCAGCUGGCACUUCGCGAGUUCGCACUCGGGGUUGUGGAGGAUCUACGAAGGAAAUAAUGGCAGUUUUCAUGACAUCUCCUUCUACAUGGAUACUUCUGAGUUCAAUGAGCAGGAAAAAUACCUCUUAAAUCUGCACAGGGUAAUUGUCAUCUUGCUACCUAUCAGCUUGGUGCUGCUGAUUUUUGGAGGCAUCUUCGGCCUGGUCGGCUCUCUUGCCCGCAGUUAUACAAUCCUCACUGGUGUGGCUGUGUACUUCCUCAACUGCAGCCACUUUACACUCACUGGUGUGUGCAUCUACGUCAGCUACUCUCAGCAGGCCUUGGAAGAGCUGCAGCAGCUGGUGAGCUCUGAAUUGCUCGCCCACAUACACAUGUACUUCGGCUGGUCCCUGGCCUCAGCUUGUCUCUCUUAUACACUCGAGGUGGCCUGUGGCGUCCUGCUCAUACUCGCAGCUCGUCUUGCUUAUCGUGAGCUACACCAUGAGCCUACCACUGCUUUUGCCAUGUCCUAGAGACACUACAGAGGAAGUGUAUUUAAUUUACCACUGUGUUUGAGGCAGGCUUUCUUACA